AAAAGUACCACCGGUCACUGGAAUGACAUGAGUGUGGAUUUCAGGAAUUCCCUUGAUGAUUACGCCUCUUCUGUCCUGCGAUCUUUACCAACCAGUGCACGAACAGCUAGCAGGGGUUCAGUGGUGUCUGGCUUCCAGUUUUUUGAAAGAAUUAAGUUGUUCACAAAAACAAUUGAGAGAUACUCAAAGUACAUCACAACACCACUCGAGAUGAUGAAUGCCAUUCAGGGAUUGAAGCUGCGGGAGAAGAUGCUGCAGGAUUUUCAAACUUUCUUCCAUUGCUCAGAGAAAGACGAUGACAAUUUCUGCGAGAUCCUGAAAACCUCUCCGAUGUCAAUGAGGGACCGUCUGGAGACGAAGGCCAAUGAGCUGGUGGAGAAAUUUAAGCAGCAACUGGAAGUGGGUGAGGAACAGAGAGAGCGUGAGGUCACGGAGUUGGAUAAUCUCCUGAAGAAAGAGACUGAGAACUUCUGCAAGGCUUAUACGGCAAAAUAUAACUGGGCCAUUGGCAACCUGAGGCAAACGUUGUUGGAGGAGUUUGAAUGUUUCAUCGAACAGCAGGAAGUAAAUGACAACAAUAUCUCUGUGAUCCUGAAAAUCUCUCCAAUGUCAAUGAGCAACAGUCUGGAGAUGAAGGCCAAUGAGCUGGUGGAGAAAUUUAAGCAGCAACUGGAAGUGGGUGAGGAACAGAGAGAGCGUGAGGUCACGGAGUUGGAUAAACUCCUGAAGAAAGAGACUGAGAACUUCUGCAAGGCUUAUACGACAAAAUAUAACUGGGCCAUUGGCAACCUGAGGCAAACGUUGUUGGAGGAAUUUGAACGUUUCAUCAAACAGCAGGAGGUAGAUGACGAUGAUGAUAUCUCUGUGAUCCUGAGAACCUCUGCGAUGUCAAUGAGGGACCGUCUGGAGAUGAAGGCCAAGGAGCUGGUGGAGAAAUAUAAGCAGCAACUGGAAGUGGGUGAGGAACAGAGAGAGAGUGAGGUCACGGAGUUGGAUAAUCUCCUGAAGAAUGACACUGAGAACUUCUGCAAGGCUUAUACGGCAAAAUAUAACUGGGCGAUUGGCAACCUGAGGCAAACGUUGUUGGAGGAGUUUGAAUGUUUCACCAAACAGCAGGAAGUAGAUGUCAACGAUAUCUCUGUGAUCCUGAAAACCUCUCCAAUGUCAAUGAGGGACCGUCUGGAGACGAAGGCCAAGGAGCUGAAGGGUGAAUUUAAGCAGCAACUGGAAGUGGGUGAGGAACAGAGAGAGAGUGAGGUCACGGAGCUGGAUAAACUCCUGAAGAAAGAGACUGAGAACUUCUGCAAGGCUUAUACGGCAAAACAUAACUGGGCCAUUGGCAACCUGAGGCAAACGUUGCUGAGGAAGUUUGAAUGUUUCAUCGAACAGCAGGAGAAAGAUGAUGACAAUUUCUGUGAGAUCCUGAAAACCUCUCCGAUGUCAAUGAGCAUCAGUCUGGAGAUAAAGGCCAAGGAGCUAAAGGGUGAAUUUAAGCAGCAACUGGAAGUGGGUGAGGAACAGAGAGAGCGUGAGGUCACGGAGUUGGAUAAACUCCUGAAGAAAGAGACUGAGAACUUCUGCAAGGCUUAUACGGCAAAAUAUAACUGGGCCAUUGGCAUCCUGAGGCACGCGUUGCUGAGGAAGUUUGAAUGUUUCACCAAACAGCAGGUAACUCCAAUACGAAUUGAACAAAGCUGUGCUACGGGACAGGGGAUAGCAAGGCAGACCCAGUCAGCAUCAUCAACACUGGAUUUGCAACAAAGUGAAAUUAAAAUGUUCCAUGGCCCUCACAAUUGCUCACUUAUUCCUCAGCAAACCUUAGAGUACUAG